AUGGCAACUGAGAAAGCCAAAAAAAGUACACUCGAUGAUUAUGAUUAUAUGAAUGAGAAUUCUAUCGAUGCUGAACUUAAAUGUUCACUUUGUAUGCAACCGUUCCAAGUACCUGUCAGUGCAAUAUGUGGUCACACUUUUUGUCAAACAUGUAUUAAUCCAUGGAUCGCUCGUCAAUCAACAUGUCCAACUUGUCGUACUAGAACGUCCACAGAGGAAUUUCAACCGAUUUCGACUCGUAUUGUACUCAAUCAACUUGAGAGACUUCUCUUACGAUGCAAACGAUGUAAUGAAGCGAAUAUUCAACGGGGAAACAUCAAUGACCAUGAAAAACGAUGUCCCAAUCAAACAGUUUCGUGUCCGGCAUUCGACAUUAAAUUGGAUCGUAUCCAAGGUUCAAUAUUUGGUUUGGCCGUAGGUGAUGCUCUUGGAGCUCAUGUUGAAUUCAGGCCUAACAGUUUUUUGGCAGCUAAUCCAGUCAAAGAUUUAGUAGGUGGCGGAACAUGGGGUCUACAACGGGGACAGUUUACCGAUGAUACCUCCAUGGCGCUUUGUUUGGCUAAUUCGCUAAUUGUUUGUCGAGACUUUGUUCCAUACGAUCAAUUAGUUCGCUACAAAUGGUGGUAUCGACAUGGCUACAUGUCGUCGACUGGUCAAUGUUUCGACAUUGGUACAACCACUCGACAAUCACUUCAAGAAUUUGAAAAGCGUCAAAACAAGUUUGCACAUGAUCAUCAUAUUCUCUUAGAUCAAAUGGAUUCUCUAUCUGAUCGUGAUUUUCUUCAAACAUUCGAUGUGCAUUGCAGCAAAGAGGGUGUGGCUGGUAAUGGAGCUCUGAUGCGUCUUGCACCUGUACCACUUUUCUUCUAUCGACGUCCAGAACUGGCUGUUGACUACUCGGGUAUUAGUGGCCAAAUCACCCACGGAGAUGAGAAAGCAUAUGAUGCAUGUCGUUAUUACGGAGCUCUUAUCGUAGCUGCCCUUAACGGUGCAAAGAAAAGUGACUUAACUAGUACAACAUUUUAUGAAGAGCAUCGGAAAUGGUUUGGAGAUCGAAUCCUUCAUACUGACAUCAUGGCGAUUGCUCAUGGAUCCUAUCAAAAAUCAGGCGGCUAUCAAAAGGGAAUUCGAGGGAAAGAAUACAUUGUCAAUGCUCUUGAAGCUGCUUUAUGGGCUUUUUGGAGUGACGGGGACUCGUUCGAAGCAGGCGCACUAAAUGCAGUUAAUCUAGGUGAUGAUACAGAUACAACAGCAGCUAUCUAUGGUCAGUUAGCCGGAGCUUACUAUGGCUACAAGAAGUUGCCAGAAAAAUGGCUGGAAUGUAUCUAUGCGAAACAGUUCAUUCUAUGUGUCAGCAGCUGGAUCACCUUCGAAGGAGAAAAAUGGUUUAUAAAUCAAAUUGCACCAAAUACAAGUAACGCUCGUCGCUGUGCGAUUCGCUUAACCCUCGACUGA